AUGCCGCUGCAGGACGACACCCUCCGAGAGGUGUGGGCCUCGGACAGUGGACAUGAAGAGGAAGGCCAGAGCCCCGAGGUCCAGCAGCGCCCCAAGCAGCGACCCGCCAAGGGGCAGAAGUUGAGGAAGAAGAGGACGGAGGCUCCCGAGUCCCCGGGCCCUAAGGGAUCCAAGCCCCGGAGACCUGCCGGCGGGCGGGGGGCCGAGCCUGGGGGCGCCCCCGCCGGGCGGAGGGGGAAGCCGCGGGAGGAGGCGGCCCCGCAGCCGCCGGAGGCCCGGCCGCCGCACACGGUCUACGCCAAGUUCCUCAGGGACCCCGAGGCCAAGCGCGACCCGCGGGAAACCUUCCUGGUAGCGCGAGCCCCGGACGCAGUGGACGAGGAUGAAGAGGAAUCAGAGGACCACGAAGAGGAAGAGGAGGCGGAGGAAAAGAAAGAGAAAAUCCCUCUGCCACCCAAGAAGGUUCCUAAAGAGAAGACUUCUGCCGGGGUCAAGGAGAGGAAGGCCAAGGCCCAGGGUCAGAAGGGGGACCUGGGAAGCCCUGUCCCCCCAGCCAAACCUCUGCGCAUGAAGAAGGAGGCGCCAGCGGGGGAGGGGCCCAAGAUGAGAAAGACGAAGAAGAAAGGGUCUGGGGAGGCUGACAAGGACCCCUCAGGGAGCCCAGCCAGAGUGAGAAAGAAGACUGCAGCAGCCAUGUUUCUGGUUGGGGAAGAAGGGCCAGCUGAGAAAGCUCCGAAGAAGAAAGGCACUUCCAAAGGCCCAGAAGAGGAGAGGAAGGAGGACGAGGAGGAGGAGGAAGAAGUGGCAGCCGUGGGAAUGAAGAACAGCAAUCAGAAGGGCAAAGCGAAAGGAAAAGGCAAAAAGAAGGCGAAGGAGGAGAGAGACCCAUCCCCACCCAUAGAAGUGGAUGAACCCCAGGAGUUUGUACUCCGGCCUGCCCCUCAGGACCGGACGGUGCGCUGCAGGCUGACCCGGGACAAGAAGGGCAUGGAUCGGGGCUUGUAUCCCUCCUACUUCCUGCACCUGGACACAGAGAAGAAGGUGUUCCUCCUGGCAGGCAGGAAGCGGAAACGUAGCAAGACGGCCAAUUACCUCAUCUCCAGCGACCCCACCAAUCUGUCCCGAGGAGGGGAGAAUUUCAUUGGGAAGCUGAGGUCCAAUCUCCUGGGCAACCGCUUUACCGUCUUUGACAAUGGGCAGAACCCGCACCGUGGAGGAGGCAGCACUAAUGUGGGGAGCCUUCGGCAGGAACUGGCAGCUGUGAUCUAUGAAACCAACGUGCUGGGCUUCCGGGGUCCCCGGCGCAUGACGGUCAUCAUUCCUGGCAUGAAUACGGAGAACGAGAGGGUCCCCAUCCGGCCGCGAAAUGCCAGCGAUGGGUUGCUGGUGCGCUGGCAGAACAAAACACUGGAGAGCCUCAUCGAGCUGCACAACAAGCCACCUGUCUGGAACGAAGACAGCGGCUCCUACACCCUCAACUUCCAAGGUCGAGUCACACAAGCUUCAGUCAAGAAUUUCCAAAUUGUCCACGCCGAUGACCCUGACUACAUCGUACUGCAGUUCGGGCGCGUGGCCGAGGACGCCUUCACCCUAGACUACCGGUAUCCGCUGUGCGCCCUGCAGGCCUUCGCCAUCGCCCUCUCCAGUUUCGACGGGAAGCUGGCCUGCGAGUGA